AUGUGCUACGUUAGUAGUAACAUUCGCCAUCUUUCACAAAAAUUAAAAAUUCGUAAUGCACCACACCAAACAAAAGAGGAUUUUCAAAAGAUAGAUUUUGAAGAAAAAGGUGAUACAACUUCUACAACCGUCACAAAUUCUCCAAACUCGGCCAAUUCACUAAUUCCAAAAUUAUCAUAUUGGAGAAUUUAUUUAUUAUUUUUAAAUUUUGGAUGUCUUGCUUGGGGUGGACCAGUUGCACAAAUAUCAUUGCUUAAAGAAAGGUUGGUUGUAAAAGAAGGUUGGAUCACAACUGCUAGAUUUAAUAGAGUUUAUGGAGUUUAUCAAAUAGUUCCGGGACCAGAAGCAACUGAAUUGGCUAUGUUUUUUGGAUGUUUGGCAGGUGGAAAAAUAGGCGGGCUCCUGGGCGGAUUCGGAUUUAUAACACCGGGAUUUUUCUUGAUAUUAUUGUUUUCAUUCAUCUAUACAAAAAUUGGAUGGGAAAACGUUUACUUCAACGCUUCAUUCAGAGCAUUGCAACCAAUGGUUGCAGCCAUGGUGCUGAGAGCUGUACACAAAAUAGGCGAGCAUUCGUUUAUUUCGCACAGAUCAAACAAAUUCAAUUGGUGGUUGUUUAGUUUUGCUAUUUUAGGAGCGUUUCAAAGUGUUUUAAGAUUGAAUUAUUUUGUCACAUUAGCUGUAUCCGGAUUGGCAUUUAUGUUUAUCGAUAGGAACUAUCGUGUUAUCGGUAUUGCAGUGAUUUUAGGAGAAUUGACUGGAUUUUUGAUUUAUGUUGGUUUAAAAGGUUUGCCAUCACUUGAUUCAUUAGGUGUAGGCGUUGCUAAAACGACUGACCCUGGCCAUAUUUUUGGUUUGGGUUUCUUGGCUGGUAGUUUAUCAUUUGGAGGUGCUUAUACAACGAUUCCGUUUUUACAAGCAGAAGCUGUGACAAUAGGAGGGUGGAUGACAAAACAAACAUUUUUGGACGCGAUAGCUAUUGGAAAUGUAUUGCCAUCACCUUUAGUAAUGUUUUCAACGUUUAUUGGAUAUCAAGGAGGUUAUGUCUAUGGUGGUGUUGGUUAUGGAUUUUUAGGAGCUGUAUUGAUUACCAUUGGAAUAUUCACUCCAUGUUUCCUAUUUACGAUCUUGGGACAUGAUCUGUUGGAGAAAUUGGUUCGUAAUCAGUUCAUGGCAGCAUUUUUUGAUGGUAUUACGGGCAGUGUUGUUGGUAUUAUAGCAGUGACGGCUUUCGAUCUGCUUAAAGCUUCAAUAACAACUUCGGCUAGUUUGGUAUUAUAUCCUGCCGGGGUUGAAAGAGAUUUGAUCGCUGCCAAGCAAAGCUCUCUUGCUGCAGUUCUUUACAUAUUGACUUUGGAAUUUCUUCCUUUACCUUGUUCUUUGAGAGAAAAAACAAAUUUUGGCAUGGGUUCUGAAAAUUCUACUAAAAUUUCUAGAUCUGACAUUGCCAUUUAA